AUUUCAUUCUCACAAUGUCCAGGCUUUAUGAUUUCGGAACUCGACACAAACCAAUGGGUUCGGAAAUCACAAAAACUUGACAUUGUGAUUAUGCUGUAAUUUUAUUUUAUUUUUCCCCUCCUUUUCAUCAAAUCUUCUUUUUUUUUUCGUUUCAGAUCUUCGCAGUUGGAGCUCUCCGUUCGAGUAUUUGUUGUCUUCUUUAUCUCUACCGGAUUCUUCUUCCUUCUGUUCGAUUCAUUUACACCAGUCACUACAAUGCAUUUUCUUCCAAUCGCACGCCAGAAAAAAAGCCCGUCUACAUCAUCCAAAGAAUGGAGAAUAUUAUGGCAUAAUAUACCCUCGUAUUUAGUGAACAGCUUUAAUUACGCAAAAUCAAAAAAAUGUCAGAAAUAUCCUAACUGUAUUUUUUCAAUGGAUGGCAGAGAUCUAAAUAAAAGUGACGUUGUUUUAUUCACUCAAGCAUUUAUGGGAGGUGUUCCCCCACCCAAAAGACCUCAGCAAAUAUUUAUAUUUAAUUCCAUGGAAAGUCCAGCUUUCAUGAAUCGGCCCUCGAAAAAGUGGGACGACAAGUUAGACUGGUUAAUGUCUUACCGUAGACAUUCAGAUAUACACAGGCCGUAUGGCACUUUAGUGAAACGAGAAACACCGUUAGUGAAAAAUUACACAGAUGUGUUUAAGAAGAAAAAAGGCUUUGGGGUUUGGAUGUCGGGACAUUGCCCCGUACCAUCUCGCCGUCGUGACUACAUCAGAGAACUGAACAAAUAUGUCAAAGUCGACAUGUUCGGUACUUGUGGUGAUCGUGUAUGUCUUAAACGGUCUCCAUUUUUAAGCGAGUGUUUGAGAAACUUUUCUAGGGACUACAAGUUCUAUUUCGCGUUUGAAAAUAAUAUAUGUAAUGACUAUUCGACAGAAAAAUUAUAUAAUUUAUAUUUUGGUAAUUUAGAUGUGAUACCUGUGAUAAAUGGCCCCCAAUCAGCCAAAGAGUAUUUACCAAAAGGUACGUUUAUAAGUGCUUUGGAUUUUCCAUCACCAAAAGCUCUGGCAGAGAAGCUUAAAGAAAUUGCCGCAGAUGAAAAUGUGUUUACGCAAUACCUUAAAGAAAAAGACAAAUAUUACGAAAUUGGUAUUCAUGAAGUAUUUUUAAAUUCCAUGUGUAAGAUAUGUAGCAUUUUAGAUGAAACAAAUGGAAAGCCUCAACUACCUAAUGGGACAAUAUGGCAACGCUUCUUUUCCAACGGAGGAUGCUGAAGGAUCUAUUAUGUGAAAAAAUAAAUAAAAAGAAGACAACAAAUUAAAUGCUGGAGUUCCGUCCUAGAAGUACAGUUGUCCAAUACCCCCUCCCCCCAAGAAUUCUUCGAGAUAUUUCAAAGUAUCCGUUGGAAAGGUGCACCAUUUACAAUACAUUAAUUGUAUGUAAUUAUAUAACUGAUAGCUAUCAUGAAAGUUGGAAAGGAGGGAAAUCACUCAGGUUUACGUGUUAAAUGAUGCUUGUGUUCAUGAU